GGUACGCCCUUCAGUCUUUCCAACGCUUACCCUGUCUCGUCGUCCCUUAAAGCGCUUGCCUCCACUCCAUUUGGUUUCCCAUCGUCCACUACUAAAUGUCCCGUCGCUGUCACGACUCGACGUGGUGUAUCGUGCCUGCAAGAGCUAACGCGGCCAACGCCAUCCCGUCUCAGGCAUUGACCAAUUCUCUUGGAAUUUAGCCUACCCAGGUAAGCCAUCGUCAAUCCCUCUUCCCAAGCCCUAUUUCCGUGUGAAAAACGCUUGAGCUGGUUGCCGAGCUCUUCCAGCGCGCACACGAUGACUCGGCCAUUUUCUCCGUCGCGAGUUCUUUCUUCCUCCAGUAUAAUUCCUUCUCCCAUUGAUUCUUUCCACAGCCCUUUCCUCGCAACUUCCUCCUCCGAUACACAUGCCAUCAAAGCGUUUGAGUUCAUAUAUCAAUUCAUACAUGAGAUUCAAGGAAGUUCUCUGACACGCCAUCUGCUAGUCAUCUGAAAAACCCAAAGAAGAAACCAUGUCUUGGAACAACGACGUCUCAGCCUGGGGUGGCGGCGGCACUGCCGACAACGAUUCCUCUUGGGGUGUUGGCGACACAGCCAACGACAAGUCCAUGUGGGGUAACGGUGAUACCGCCGCCGCCGAUUCGGGUUGGGGCAACGGAAACCAAAAUGGCGACAAUUCGGGCGACGCCAACGGCGCUGGUUCUGGCGACACCCAUCGUGAUGAUGACGGCAACGCCGGCGGCAACCGUGCCUGCUUCAAUUGCGGCGAGACUGGGUAA